UAAUAAUUAUAUAUUAUUUCCCUAUAUAGUUGUGUAUGUAUAUGUGUCUCUAUUUAUAUAUAUAUAUAUAUAGCCUCGCUUUAGAUAUUGAGCAGUGGCUUAAGGGUUUUUUCCUUUUCAAGUUUUCUCUCACAUGCAUGCAGUGAGCAAAGAGAAUAUAUAUCAGAGCUUGUAAGAUUAAUCUUUCACUUCUCAUUCGAAACGUCGUCGUUUGUAGCGGGGUUUCGAUUGGUUUUGGUUCAGAAAUGUCGUCUCGGAUAGUUGCGGAGAAUAUUUCACCGGCGAGGGAUAGCGUGCCGUUUUAUGAUCGGAGGCAGCAAGGCGGCGAUGAUUUGGAGAUGUCGGCGUCAGUUGGGGCGGCGGCGCCGGCGGUGUCGCCGACGCUCGGGCAUCUGUUGAAGUGCGUGGGUGAUGUUCGCAAGGAGGUCACCGGAGAUGAGACGCCGGUGCACCGUGUUCUCGAUGUGAGUGAUCCCGGCGGGUUGGAGCAGAGAGCGCUGCCGUUCGUGUUGUCGUUUAACAAUCUGACGUACAAUGUGAAAGUCCGCCGCAAGAUGGCGGUUCCGGCUGUGUUUCAGAGCCGGAGCAGGAUGAGCGCCGCCGCGGCGGGCGGAGAGACGGUGGUCGCGAGGACGAAGACGCUGCUGAAUGAUAUCUCGGGGGAGGCGCGUGACGGAGAACUCAUGGCGGUGCUCGGCGCGUCGGGGUCGGGGAAGUCGACUCUCAUCGACGCGCUGGCGAACAGGAUUGCUAAGGAGAGCUUGAAGGGCAGCAUAACGCUGAACGGCGAGCCGCUGGAUUCGCGGCUGCUGAAAGUGAUCUCCGCUUACGUCAUGCAGGACGACCUCCUGUACCCUAUGCUCACCGUCGAGGAAACGCUGAUGUUCGCGGCGGAGUUCCGGCUCCCUCGGACGCUUUCAAAGGCGAAGAAGAAGAUGAGAGUGCAGGCGUUGAUCGAUCAGUUAGGCCUCCGGAACGCCGCCAAGACGGUGAUCGGCGACGAAGGCCACCGCGGCGUCUCCGGCGGAGAACGGCGGCGCGUGUCGAUCGGAAUCGACAUCAUCCACGACCCGAUCAUCCUCUUCCUCGACGAGCCGACGUCGGGGCUCGACUCCACCAGCGCGUUCAUGGUGGUGAAAGUUCUCCAGAGAAUCGCUCAGAGUGGAAGCAUCGUGAUCAUGUCCAUCCACCAGCCGAGCUACCGGAUCGUCGGUCUGCUAGACCGGGUUCUCUUCCUCUCCCGCGGACAAACGGUUUACAGCGGUUCACCUUCCAAUUUACCGCAUUUCUUCUCCGAUUUCGGCCACCCGAUUCCGGACAGCGAGAAUAAAACCGAGUUCGCCCUGGACCUAAUCCGGGAGCUGGAAGGCUCGCCCGGAGGAACCAAGAGCCUGGUCGAGUUUAACCGAACCUGGCAAAACACAAAGAGAAACGCGACCGGAAUCCCCGAACCGAACCCGGUCCACGGUUUAUCCCUGAAGGAAGCCAUCAGCGCGAGUAUUUCCCGAGGAAAACUAGUCCCCGGAGCGACUAAUGACGCCAGCACUACGUCACUGGUCCCCACCUUCGCCAACCCGUUCUGGACCGAAAUGGUGGUUCUAUCCAAACGGUCCUUUAAAAACUCGAGCCGGAUGCCCGCACUUUUCGGGACACGGUUAGGGGCGGUUAUGGUGACUGGAUUUAUCUUAGCCACGAUGUUCUGGCGACUAGAUAACUCGCCUAAAGGAGUACAAGAAAGGCUAGGCUUCUUCGCCUUCGCGAUGUCUACUACCUUCUACACGUGCGCCGACGCGCUGCCGGUGUUCAUCCAGGAACGCUAUAUUUUCCUGAGAGAAACGGCCUACAACGCCUACCGGCGAUCCUCCUACUGUCUCUCCCACGCGCUGGUUUCCUUCCCGUCGCUCGUCUUCCUCGCCUUCGCGUUCGCCGCACUCACGUUCUGGGCGGUGGGGCUCGACGGCGGGAGUUCCGGAUUCUUCUUCUACUUCGGCAUCAUCGUCGCCUCAUUCUGGGCCGGGAACUCCUUCGUCACGUUCCUCUCCGGCGUCGUCCCGCACGUGAUGCUCGGAUACACCAUCGUCGUCGCCAUCCUCGCCUACUUCCUCCUCUUCAGCGGCUUCUUCAUGAACCGCGAUCGGAUCCCGCCCUACUGGAUCUGGUUCCACUAUCUCUCCCUCGUCAAAUACCCCUACGAGGCCGUUCUCCAGAACGAAUUCGACGAUCCGACCAAAUGCUUCGUCCGCGGGAUCCAAAUGUUCGAUAACUCGCCGCUCAGCGCGGUGUCGACGCCGCUGAAAGAGCGCCUCCUGAGCACGAUGAGCAGCACGCUGAACAUCAAAAUCACGGCGAACACGUGCGUCACCACCGGCGCCGACAUUCUGGCGCAGCAGGGAGUGACGGAUCUCAGCAAGUGGGGUUGCUUGUGGGUGACGAUUGCGUGGGGAUUUUUCUUUAGGAUUUUAUUUUAUUUCUGCCUCUUACUGGGAAGCAAGAACAAAAGAAGGUAAAAAUAAGUCAAAAAAAAAAAGUAUGGAGUAUUAAUUACUCACUGUAAAAGUUUCUGUUGAAUUUAUUUUUUUCUGUUUCUAAAGUUAUAAAUAUAUGAUAAAGUUUUUACUGUUUAAUCUGAAUGUAAUGGGAAUUGAAGUUAUGUUUCUUUUCACAAGAAUAAUAGAGUAUUUUAUGCAUGUUUAA